GCAUACGGGUGACCUGACUAGCUGAGAAAUUCUAAAAGUAAUAACCAUUGUCAUAUUCCAUAGCAAAACAUUUGACAAUUAUUUUUACAAACAAAUUGAAAACAGAUCCCGUUGCCUCACGUGAACGCGAGAGCUUUGGCGCGCGAAUUAUUCUGGCAAUUGUAAUAAUCCGCGUUCUUCUAAAAUAAGGAACAUAAGAGGGUUCACAGGAUACAACCGUGCAUGGUUACUGGAGUUAAUUCUCGAAAGAUUGAGUGGCCGUUUGCCAAAAUCAAAACGUGGGAACUCAACAAACAGUUGAAGAUUGGCUCCUUUAUUUGGAAUAACAAGUUAUUUGUACGUCAGAUGAUUUAGCAAUGAAAGAACUUCCGAUAUUCAUACCCUGAAUGUCGGCGAUAUAACUGCUUGGCCAUUUAAAGAGUAUGCUAGAUUGCUGCUCUUUAUAUAUUCCUUAUUUUGCACUAGAAGCGUCAAGGACGAGGUCUGACAAGCCCGCCCCGUUGCUUAGGGCAGAGUGAGUUCUAGUGCGAUCUAUGGUCUCAUAUGCAAGAAAACAACCGAAAGUUUCUACUUUAUGAAAAAGUUAUCUUUCAUAUGCUGUCUGGGGUGUUGCUGAUCAUUGGGGUUAUGCUGGCCAUAACUACACUUGUCGGAGUUCUCAGCAAUCUUGCCGUUUGUCUGGCCGUUUGGUGGAAUAAGAAACUCCGCUCACAGCUCAGUCUGUUUCUAGUAUGUCUAGCGGUAUCGGAUAUCGGCAUGUCUACAUCGUGUAUGCCUUUUGCUGUUGCUACAGUUGUGUUCCGUACGCAGAACAUCGAUGCCAUCUUUUGUUACUUCAACGGGUUCAUCAACUCAUUAUUCUCAUUGGCCAGCAUUUUGACGAUCUGCUCCAUCAGCAUAUUCCAGUACGUCUCUGUAGUUCUACCAUUAGAGAAACAACUCACCAACUUUCGGUGCCUUGUUAUGGUUAUCUCUGUCUGGAUCAUUUCCGGUUUUCUUGCAAUGGGACCCAUGAUGCAUUGGGGACGUUAUGACUUUACCUCCAACAUUUUCAACUGCGAAUUUUAUAACUCGAGUCAAAAGGCACAAAUAUCCUAUAACAUAACACUGAGCUUCGCAGGGUUCGUUUUCCCCCUAGGGUUAAUUGCAUUUUCGUACAUAAGUAUCUACAGAACAUUACGGACUCACAAGUCUUCGAUAGAAAGGACGUCAGCCAUCUCUUCGCCUCCUACACAGGGGGCCAGUAUUUCUGUGACGACUAAAAUUGCAACUACCAUUGGUCUGAUCAUCGCCACUUUUCUUGUGUGUCGAACGCCUUUCUUUGUGUACCUUCUUUUGACCGUGAAAGCUUCUGACUAUUCGUUCGAUUUUUUAGGGCAGCUCUCAUUUUGGGCUGUCUACCUGCACAGUGCAUGCAACCCUUUUAUUUUUGCAUUUAAGCAAGCUGAGUACCAAGAAACUCUGACGGAAAUCUAUCAGGGUUGUUGCUUAGUAUUAAGAGAAGGUUGCUGUGGGAAUACCAAAGACAAAAAGAAAGUCAAACCGACAACAUAACGGUAGUUGUCUUUGCUAGAGUAGUAAUUCACUGACCACGGAUCAAUCAAGUUCAAAUAGGCAAUCUUAGCUCUGGUGAUAGGUCACUAGAUCAUCCAAGAGUGCUUUUUCUAUCUAAAUACAAACAUAAAAUUAACAGAUUUCUUUAACUACCAGCGAAGGAAGACUGGUCGAACUUAUCACGUCACAUAAGCAGGGUUGGGUCCAGACCCCUCUCUGGGCACGAGCCUGCACGGGUAGCCUACUGGUUGGACAUAGUUCUUGCGCGACUCUCAAGAGGGAUUAAUCAUUAGUUGCGCAUCCAGUGCACAUAGACAUUUCCGUUGCAAAUGCAAAACGAGGAGAAAGGAGUUCGCAAUUCCUAAAGCCCGUGCGCAUAGUAGCACCAGUAUCUUACUCUCUUACUGAUCAAACAGACAUUACUAUUGGAAUUGGACCAGCAAUCGUUGUACUGAUUGCAUACCGUGUUGGAUCAAUUAGAUGGUGCUAUGAUGUUCGUCGAUAUCGGUGCAGUUUGCGCGGGGCCUAAACAUUUAAAGACAUUAUCGUUAAAUUAAGGACUCACCUCAGAAAUAAUAUACGCAACAUUGAACCAUUAAAACGUUGAAAAACCAUUAAAUAUUAUAAAAUAUUAUAAAUAUUAAAAAUUAUAUUGGUUGACGGCAGGGAGUACUUCUUUUCAUGUAAAUUUUACCUCUUAUUCAGAAAAAGGAGAAAUACAAAUCAGGCUCGUAUCCA